AAUAAGCUAAAUUUUUUCUUAUGCUCUCUGAUUAAUUGUGCUCUAGAUGUGAACGAAUGCAUCACGGAACGGCAUAACUGCUCUUCGAAAGCGACCUGUAUUAAUGAAAUUGGUUCAUACCGAUGCAAAUGCAACGAGCUUUUCCUUGGCGAUGGCGUCUCUUGCAAACAGGUGGAUGCAUGCUAUUUGAAGUACAAAGAGAAAUGUUCGGUGAAUGCGGUUUGUGACGAAACGUCUUCAGAAGGCCCAGAAUGUGUUUGUAAUGAGGGAUAUCACGGAGAUGGCCUCAACUGCCUGCGAAUAAAUGCUCCUAUCGGUUUGUUGAUGAUUUUACUUGAGAUCAUGAUUACAGAUGAUGAGCCAAUAACACCGGUACUGGAUAACGCAGUUACUGACGUGCCACUGGGAAUACCGAAGAGUAUGGAAAUCGACGGCGAGAUGGAGGAGACGCCGUUUAUGAUGCACAACUGGAUCACUGAUCCGAUGAAAUCAGCAUCUGAGCAUUACAAUCAGGAGCAGCGGCUGCAAAACAGAGGCGAGGAGGCGAAUUCGAAGCAGUCAACCACAACUAGUCCACCACUUGCGAAGGAUUACAAUGAUGUUGAAAAUGAGCUCUACAUAGGCGGUAAAACGAUGGAAGAAGCGGAUGGUGCUAGCAGUAAGUUCGCCCAGCUCUUCGUUAACAUUUAG